AUGACCAACCGCCCUGCUUCAGGGUCCUUCCAUGAGGGCCACGACGACGUCAAGGAAGAUUCCAAGUCGCAAAUCACGGGUACGGUAGAGGAGCAUUUCGAUUACGAUACCGACGAUGUCAAGAGGCUAGUCCGCAAGAUAGACUGGCGCAUCAUGCCGUUUCUCUGGGGCUACGCCGUUCUAUCUGCGGUUGAUAAAGUCAUCAUCUCAAACGCAGCUCUCUACGGCAUGUUGAAAGACAAUAAUCUGGUCGGCCAGCAGUACAGCUGGGUCGGCUCCAUCUUCUACUUCGGCUACCUCGUAGCCGAGUUCCCAGCUGUACAUCUGAUGGCACGGUUUCCAGUCGGCAAGUUUCUCGCAAUUACGGCCAUCGGCUGGUCCGUUACGACGCUGCUCAUGGCAGUCACUCACAACGCCGCCGGUCUGAUGGCGCUGCGGUUCUUCAUGGGCAUGUGCGAGGCGCCGGCGCUACCUGGACUGACGCUGAUCACCGUGAUGUGGUGGCGGAAGAACGAGCAGCCACUCCGUGUGGCUAUAUGGAGUUCGACUGUCGCGUCGGUGUACGUGGGGCUCAUCUCGUACGGAAUUGGGAAUAGUACUCUGGCCAUAGCUUCAUGGCGUUUGCUCUUCAUUGUCCUCGGUGGCAUCAGUUUCAUCUUUGCUGUGCUCAUGUUCCUGUUCUUCCCGGAUAGACCCGAGGAAGGCGGGUUCUUGUCAGGAAAGGAGGCAUACAUCGCGGUACGCCGGAAGCUGGACGACAACACUGGCAUUGAGAAUAAGGAGUUCAAGUGGUAUCAAGUCCGCGAGGCCCUCAUCGACUGGAAAUCCUGGGUCGUGUGCCUAUUCUUCCUCUGCAUGAACGUAUCCAACGGCGGCCUCAACACCUUCUCCGCCCAAAUCGUAUCCAGCUUCGGCUUCGGCCCGCUCCAGACCGUCCUUCUCGGCAUGCCCACUGGCGUCAUCCAAGCCCUCUCUUCCAUCCUCGCCACGGUACCUCCCCGAUACAUCAAAGACACCCGGUGCAUCUCGGCCGCGGUCUGCUGCAUCGUGCCUCUCGUAUGCAGCAUCGUCAUACGCGAACUCCCGUCCUCCAACAAGGCCGGUCUUCUAACAGCGUACUACUUCUUCUACUUCUUUUGGGGCCCCUACGCUGUCGCGCUGAGUUUGCCAAUGGCGAAUACGAGUGGGCACACGAAGAAGGUGACGGUUAAUGCGAUGGUGUUUUUGGCCUAUUGCGUGGCGAACAUCAUUGCGCCGCAGACGUUUCGUGCCAGCGAGGCACCUCACUAUGCGACUGGAUACAAUAGCAUUCUGGGAUUCGAGAGCAGUGCGGUGGUGCUAAUGGGUGUGUAUUAUAUCGGAGUUAAAUAUGAGAACCGGAGAAGAGACAAGGCGUAUGGCGAGGUCAUCCCGGGAAGCUUGUCUGUCGAAGAAAGCAUGGAAGAUCUCACGGAUUGGGAGAAGAAGAGUUUUAGAUACGUGUGUUAA